UUCACAUAAUAUUUUGUAUAUUUUAUCUAAUAUAGAAAUAUAAUUAAUGCAACUAGACUAAAUGCUGGGAAUUCGAGUGCUGAGGUUACAAAAUGGCAAAUCUGUACUUAAUUAUGUGUACCAACAGACGGUUUCACGGGAUAAAAGCACAAAACAGCCAAAGUUUGAUAAUAUAAAGCGCCAAGGCAAAAUAUUUAGCUCGUUGUUUGGAGAUCGAAUAAAGGGCAGUAAUAGCCGAUGGUAUCCAUCGCCGGAUAUUAAUGCAUCUGGUAAUAGUGGAAUCCACAAGUCGGGCUCGUCACUUCAUGCCUUGAAAUUCGGAAAACCUCAUUCGCACAAAACAUCGGACAACAAUCGACGCAUGUCUGUUUUAAAUAAGGUGUUCAUGACAAACAUAACUGAUAUAUUGGCAACCGGCGGAGUUGCCGACUCUAUCAUGGGCCAAGGUGUGCAAAUUUCAUACGUGAAGAUCACCAGCGACUUUUCACGAAUAAACGUCUACUGGAUUGGCAAAGAUGGAGGAACAACUGUCGAGCUCGAGGAUAAAUUGAAUGGCCUGAGCGGCAAACUGCAACAUGAGCUAUCGCAGCUUCAUCUUAUGGGCGAAGUUCCCCGGAUAAAGUUUGUUCGCGACAAAACUAGUAGCGGUCUUUAUCAGGUCCAGGAAGUAUUGUCCAAACUUGAUCAACAGUAUAAGAAUUCUAGUCCUAAUAGCCAUACAGAACCGAGUAAAAUCGAAUUAGAAAGUUCUGAAACUGCUUCAGAUAUUGAAUGGCCAGAGAUGCGACAAGAUUUCUUAAGUUUUAAUCAAAGCUCAGUUAUGGAUAAGAUUCUCAGCAAAAUGCGCAAGUCAAAAGAGGCCUGGGUUAAUCAUAAGCAAAAUGUUUCAAAGACCUAACCUUUAUAAGGCUGUUUGUUAAAUGUACAUUAAAUUAAAAUGUUGUUUAAACCGUUUAA